GCAGUGAUCAUAGCUCAAAGUUCACCACCACACACAGGCUCCCUAGUUUCUAGUUGCAUUACACCAUUUUCCUACUUGAAAAACUCAAAUUUCUUAGCAUAAUGGAUACCAUAAGAGGCCUUGCAUCAAACAACGCCGCAGUGAUAUUUACCAAGAGCUCAUGUUUCAUGUGCCAUAGCGUUAAGGCACUCUUUUAUGAACUUGGUGCAAGCCCUGCUAUUCAUGAACUUGAUCAAUAUGCAAAUGGGAGGGAGAUGGAAUAUGCUCUUCGAAGGCUAGGUUGUAAUCCUUCUGUCCCAGCAGUCUUCAUAGGUGGGAAAUAUGUAGGCUCUUCUAAAGAUAUCAUAUCUCUACAUGUAGAUGGAUCUCUAAAAGAAAAGCUCAUCGAAGCCAGAGCUAUCUGGUUGUAACCACCUAAAAUCAUAAAUCAUUUUGAAGAUAAUGAAGACUAACAAAGAUUAUUGUUCCUUAAUAGGAAAAUAAUAACUAGCACCUAUACCAUGUUUAAAUAACAUUGUCCUAAGGGCUUUUCUUUUUGUUAGCUCUGGCAAGAAGGUAUAGUUUAUGAAAUUGUCAUCUUUACUGAAGUACAUUACAUUUGCUGAAGGCGUCUUCUGAAAUUA